CUCACACGCCCAUCAUGAAUCGCAUCGGCAGGCUGUCGUUGCCGAAUCGCUCUCCAGUAUGUCUGCUCUGCCAGACCCAGGCCACCCGUUCCUCGCCGCUGGCCGGCUGGCAGGCCAUCCGCUCCGUCGGCAACCUUCGACAGCGUCGCCAGGCCGCCCGCAUGACCUUGUCCUCCAACGUCGCCAAAUCCUCCUUGAAACCCACUCGCUCGAAAAAUGAACGCCCGGGCCCUUUCGCAGGCAUGAACCGGACAACGGCCCACAUCCCCGACACGCCACGGUCACGAUCUCAGGCGGCCCUCAAGCGCUCGGGGGACCCCAAGGACAAGGACGCCGCUCGCAAGAGCGAAAGCCCGCUCUACAAGGCAUUGAAGAUGCAGACAGCCCUGCACCCAGUGCCAUAUGGUCGCCGAAGUGCCGUCAAGUCGCAGCUCGCCGAGACCACGAACUUCGACCAGUUUCCUCUGCUGCCCGUGGUCCGCAACUCGAUUUUCUCCCAGGCGUUACCGGGCCUCGUGGAUGUCGUGCCUACGCCAAUCCAACGGCUGGCCAUUCCGGCGCUCCUUAAAGAGUCGCCCCCGAAAAAAGCUCCGAAGCCUGGGCAGGACGUCGAACAUACGUACGAGCAGAUUCUUAUGGCUGCGGAGACUGGGUCGGGGAAGACACUGGCCUAUUUGAUCCCAUUGAUCGACAUGGUGAAGCGCACAGAAGCGGAGAAAAUCGAGCAGGACAGGAAGGAAGCGGAGAAAAAGUCGAAGAGCAAAGAGGUGGACAUUUCACCUCAAGUGGAAAUGUCGAAUGGAGCCCGGCCACGGGUGAUCAUCCUGGUCCCUACCGCCGAGCUGGUUGACCAGCUGACGGCCACGGUCAAAGCCUUUUCGCAUACCGUCAAGUACCGAUCUGCAUCCAUCUCCUCCAACAUCUCGUCUGCCCGGAUCAAGAAGGUGCUUUUCAACCCCGUUGGCCUGGACAUCCUUGUCGCCACCCCUCACCUGCUCGGCGUGAUCGCGAAGACCGAGCCAUAUGUCUUGAGUCGCGUCUCCCACUUGGUCCUCGACGAGGCCGACUCGCUGAUGGACCGGUCCUUCUUCGAAAUGUCGAAUGAGAUCAUCGCCAAGUGCGCCCCAUCCCUCCAAAAGCUCGUCCUUUGCUCAGCCACCAUCACUCGCGCCCUGGACAACGUCCUCCGCAAGCGGUUCCCGGACAUCAAACGUCUGACCACGCCGAACCUGCAUGCCAUCCCUCGUCGUGUUCAGCUGGGUGUGGUGGACAUCCAGAGGGAUCCCUACCGCGGAAACCGCAGCCUGGCCUGCGCGGACGUGAUCUGGUCCAUCGGAAAAGCAGGCGACACGGAGGCACAGCACCCCUUCUUGGCCGGCACUCCCAAGGUUAAGAAGAUCCUGGUCUUCGUCAACAAGCGUGACGACGCCGAGGAGCUCGCGCAAUUCCUCCGCACGAAAGGAAUCGACGCGCAGUCGUUCUCCCGCGACGCCACCGACCGCAACAAAGAGCUACUCACCGAAUUCACCGAAUCACUCGUGCCCCCCACAGCGGAAGAGAUCAUGGUGGCAAAGAGGAAGAAGGCCCAGGAGAACGCCAUCCCCUUCGUAUACGAGCAGCCUAAGGAGGGCCUGUCCCGCCGGCUCCCGAACACCAAGGUACUCGUCACAACUGAUCUGGCAUCCCGCGGUAUCGACACCCUCCCCGUCAAGACAGUCGUCCUCUUCGACGUCCCGCACAACACGAUCGACUUCAUCCACCGUCUCGGCCGUCUCGGCCGAAUGGGCAAGCGCGGCCGUGCCGUGGUCCUGGUUGGCAAGAACGACCGCAAGGACGUGGUGAAGGAAGUGCGCGAAGGCAUGUUCCGCGGCCAGGCUUUGGUCUGAGGACGAGGACAUUGCGAACAGAGACGAUGGAAUUUUGUACUAUAGACCCCCCCCCCAACAUCAACACACCAAUCUGGCCAGUAUCCAUACGGAUAGAUGGCCUUCGACUUGACGACCGGCGUUUGGAAAUAGAUGGCGCUAGGAUAA